AUAGUUGUCUCAAGUUUCUGUUCCUUUGACAGAAUCAAAAAUCGAAUAUCAAAUUUUGGAGUAUCAGAGAGUUGGAAACAUGUCUUACCAAAAGUUGGACAAAAAGGCUCUACAGAGUAUCAAAGAUGUGGCCCAUAAGCUGCGUAUUCACUCAAUAACCUCCACUCAGGCGGCCAAAUCUGGCCAUCCUACUUCCUGUGCAUCUCUGGCGGAGAUCAUGGCAGUUCUAUUCUUCCAGCAAAUGCGUCUCAAUCUAAAGCAUCCUCGAGAUCCCUCCAGUGAUCGACUGGUGUUAUCCAAGGGACAUGCUGCACCCAUUCUCUACGCAGCCUGGGCAGAGGCGGGUCUUUUUCCAGUAGAAGAGCUGCGAAAUCUACGCAAGGUGGACAGCGACCUGGAGGGGCAUCCCACACCGCGUUUAAACUUUAUUGAUGUGGGCACUGGCUCCCUGGGACAGGGCAUUGCCGUAGCCGCCGGUAUGGCAUACGUGGGUAAAUAUCUGGACAGGGCUGAAUAUCGUACGUAUGUGAUCCUGGGGGAUGGCGAAUCCACCGAGGGAGCCGUCUGGGAAUCCCUACACUUUGCUGCCCACUACAAGUUGGACAACUUGUGUGUUAUCUUCGAUGUGAACAAGAUGUGUCCGGUGGACAUGUCCGCUGAAAUGGAGGUUUAUCGGGAGAGAUUGGAUGCCUUUGGUUUCAAUGCCUUAAUAGUGGAUGGCCAUGAUAUUGAUCAGCUGACCAAGGCCUUUUACAAUGCUGCCAGCACAAAGGAUAAACCCACUGCCAUAAUGGCCAGAACUACCAAGGGCAAGGACUUUCUUUCCGUCGAGGGAUCCGAGGAGUUGCAUGGACAACCGCUGGGCAAGAAGGCGGAGCCAGCCAUCCAGCAUUUGCAGUUUCUGAUCUCCAAUCCCAAUGUGCGUUUAACACCCAAGAGAGUGAGCAAGUGUGGCCGAGCUCCCGAGGUUAACAUCAGCAAUAUAAUGCUUUGUGUUCCGCCCAAUUACCGCCUUGGGGACUCGGUGGCCACCCGGCUGGCCUAUGGCACAGCUCUGGCCAAGAUUGCAGCAGAUAAUCCCAGAGUAAUUGUCCUCGAUGCUGACACGAAGAAUUCUACGUAUGCGGAUAAGAUGAGGGAUGCCUUUCCAGCGCGUUUCAUCGAGUGCUAUAUAGCCCAACAGAAUCUGGUGGGUGUGGCGGUAGGUGCCACCUGUCGACGUCGCACUGUGGCCUUUGUCUCCACGCAUGCAACCUUCUUUACGCGAGCCUAUGACCAGAUCCGCAUGGGUGCCAUUUCGAACACCAAUGUAAACUUUGCGGGCUCCCAUUGCGGCUGCAGCAUUGGCGAGGAUGGACCGUCACAUAUGGGACUGGAGGAUAUAGCCCUGUUUCGCAGCAUCCCAGGCAGCACGGUCUUCUAUCCCACGGAUGCUGUGAGUGCAGAGCGUGCCGUAGAGCUGGCCGCCAAUACAAAGGGCGUGUGCUUCAUCCGCACAACCUAUCCAAGCACCAGAGUUAUCUACAACAACGAUGAAGUGUUUGUUGUGGGGCAGGCCAAGAUUGUGCGCCAGAAACCCUCGGAUGAGGUGCUCCUGAUCGGAGCUGGCGUUACCCUCUAUGAAUGUCUGGCUGCCGCCGAAAGGCUGGAGGAAGACUGCAUCACAGCCCGUGUAAUUGAUCCUUUUACUGUAAAGCCUCUGGAUACGCGUCUCAUUGUAAAGCACGGAAGGCUCUGUCAUGGCAGGAUCGUUGUAGUCGAGGAUCACUACCAGCAGGGCGGCCUGGGUGAGGCUGUGCUCAGUGCCUUGGCCGAUCAGCGGAACUUUGUGGUUAAGCAUUUGUAUGUGCGUACUGUACCACGAUCGGGUCCACCCGCCGUACUCCUUGACAUGUUUGGCAUAUCCGCCAGGAUUAUCUACAAGGCUUCCAUUUGCAUUUUGAAGAAGUGAGGAAGGAAUAGAGUCUUUUGACCUGUGACAAAAAUUUUAGUUUAUUGUAUAGGCCAAUUUUUAGAAACUGACAAAAUUUUAACUGAGAACAAUGCAAGUUUUCUUCGAAAAUACUAAAUUCAUAAUGAAUA